AAUGUUUGUUUGAGUGACACUAGGACGCUUAUCAACAACUUUAACCGUGUUAAGUCGAAGUGGUGGCAGGCCCAUCAGAUUUACAAUCAGAGUAGGCUAAGAUGUGGAAGAUGAAGCAGAAUGUGCUAGUGGUGGUGCGGUGGUGAUAGUCUUGAUGGUGGUGGUCGUGAUAGUCUUGAUGGUGAUAGUGAUGGGGGUGGUGGGAACCUAACCUGUUAAAUCGAAACCUCACUGAGGAUUGUUGUCCGGGCUCAGCUAAUUCCUCAUGGCAACGGACAGAUGUUGAGAGCCACACACGGACAAUUGAUCCACGGCGCGACACACCCAUCGGCUGCCCCCCCGGGCGGCCGAGACCACCGCAUCCCCGCGGCCGGCCAGCCCCCGUACAAAGCGGUGGGAGGGGGGGGGGGGGGGGUGUUCAGACCGGCCUGAUAGUCGAGCAGGAAGAAGUCAUGCGCCCCUGUCCUCUGUUUUGAUUUCGCUGUUGAGUUUUGUUUGGCUUUUCGAGGGGAAAACCCGAACGCACUUUUGAGUCACAUGAAUAAGAACCGCUCGGCAGGCAGUCUAGUGUUCCCCGGAACCCGCCGUCGGACCCGCGUCACAUCGCGUCGGCAUGUCGGUGCUGCGAUCGAGGACCGGGUUCUACCGGCAGGAGGUCAACAGAACCGUGUGGGACGUUCCCGAGAGGUUCCGAGACCUGAAGCAGGUGGGGACCGGAGCCUACGGGACGGUGUGCUCGGCUCUGGACCGGCGCAGCGGACUGAAGGUGGCCAUCAAGAAGCUCCACAGACCCUUCCAGUCCAAACUGUUCGCCAAGCGGGCCUACAGGGAACUACGGCUGCUGAAGCACAUGAAACAUGAGAACGUGAUCGGGCUGCUUGAUGUGUUCACCUCGGAGAUCAUCCUGGACCGCUUCCGGGACUUUUACCUGGUGAUGCCAUUCAUGGGCACUGACCUGGGGAAGCUGAUGAGGCUCGAGAAGCUCACAGAGGAGAGGGUCCAAUUCCUCGUCUACCAGAUGCUCAAGGGACUCAAGUACAUCCAUUCUGCCGGGAUCAUCCACAGAGACCUUAAACCUGGUAACCUGGCUGUGAACCCGGACUGUGAGCUGAAGAUCCUGGACUUUGGGCUGGCGAGGCAGGCCGAUACGGAGAUGACGGGCUACGUUGUGACGCGCUGGUACCGAGCACCGGAGGUCAUCCUCAACUGGAUGCACUACACACAGACGGUGGACAUCUGGUCUGUGGGCUGCAUCAUGGCAGAGAUGCUACUAGGAAAGCCUCUGUUCAAGGGAAAUGACCACCUGGACCAGCUGAAGGAGAUCAUGAAGGUCACCGGGACGCCAGCUGCCGACUUUGUGGUGAAACUCCAGAGCCAAGAUGCCAAGAACUACAUCAGAAGUUUACCAAAGAUUCCUAAGAGAGACAUGCACACCAUUUUCUCCAAAGCAAGCUCCCACGCGGUCGGGAUGCUGGAGCGCAUGCUGCUGCUGGACCCCGAGGCGCGGGUGAGCGCGGCCGAGGCCCUGGCCACGCCCUUCGUCAGCGAGUUCCGGGAGCCGGAGGAGGAGACGGAGGCGCUGCCCUACGACCACUCCAUGGACAACACCGACCUGCCCGUGGACCAGUGGAAACGUCACACGUUUACAGAGAUCCUGACCUUCAGUCCCCUGAGGGACUCCAAAGAGACGUCACUUUGACACACGCACACACACACACACACACACACACACACACACACACACACACACACACACACACACACACACACACACACACACACACACACACACACACACACACACACACACACACACACACACACACACACACACAGACAGACACAAUGUACAAAGUCCCAUUACAACUACAUACACCACAAACACGCACACGCAACCACUGUAUACAUUUCCAGUAACGCUGCAUAUGCACACUCACUAACUCACAAACACACACUGAAAAGGUGCCACUAAAUACAUACACAAACGCAUCGCUCAAAGUCGCACACACGUAGGCACAGGAAACGUAAUCCAGACACGCACAAGUUAAAUGUUAAUAGUUUCCCACCUGUACAUGUAUGCAUAUUAAAUGAACAAUGUUGACUUGGUUACUUUUGCAGAUCUCAAUAAAUGUAGAAAAAGACUAAACCUGGUCAGCUGUCCGUAUUUUUUGUUAUAGAGAGAGAAAGAGAGUCAGAGAGCGAGAGAAAGAGAGAGGGAGGCAGUCAGAGUGAGAGAGGCAGAGAGAGAGAGAGGGAGGGAGACAAAGAGAGAGAGAGAGAGAGAGAGAGAGAGAGAGAGGCAAAGAGAGAGAGAAAGACAGCCGUAUGUUCAGAAGGAGGGAUACUCCUUUUCUUUCCCUCCCGUUUCCCGUACACUCGUUUACUUUCUGAUAAGCCUAAAGAUUUGCUUCAGGGUUCGAGGGCGCGGUCAGACCCCGCUGUGCAAACAGAGAUCGCGGCUAAAAAUACAGUCCUCCAUUAACCGCCGAGAUAAACAGAACCACCCAGCGUUGUUCUGCGGUCACUUGAUCACACUCCUCAUGACCACUGCUCCACAUUUAGAAACCACAGACUUGACCUUUCCGAGGCCGCGAACCAUCCUAUGUACUAAACAUUAAACCAAAUAAAAACACUGUAUAAAAAGUUAGUUUUGAUAUCAGUUGUCAACCUCGUCUCGCCCCUUUUGUCCGCUAUCUCUGCUGUCGCUAUGAGUCAGUGUGUGCAGUCCAGAUCCGAACAGAACGUAAGGACUCCAGCCUAGAGGCUAAUGAGUGUUCGUGUAUUUCUGGACAGCCAUGCGGUGCAGCGCGCUCCUCUGGCGCUGAUAAGAGCAGUGUGUGGCUGGGUCUGGAAGCACUGGGCAGGUCCUCUGCUGUAGCCCUCGUCGAUUACCACAGUAAGACCCAGAUCUGGAGUCAAAACCAGUGCAGCGCCAUGGGUGGAACCACAGACUCAAACCCCACCGGGCAAGCCCGGACCGUGAACAGGUGGAUUCUGUUGCUGUGGUGCCUGACAGCUGUGAGACUAGCUACCGGAACAGAGGAUGGAAUGACCGAGACCAAUAAAGACAGUCUCGAUGUACAGAUCCUAGGCCCAGGCUACGUGACAGUCGGCGUGCCUUCCAGCUUCGAGUGCGAAGCCAACUGCAAGUCCAAACCGUGCAACUACUCCAUGUCCAUGGACAAACAGGCAUCUGCUGGCCAGGGCAACGUGCUUGCCUUCACGCUGACCCAGUGGGUAGAGGCACUGUCCCUGACUUGCACUGCCAAGGAUGAACAGACGAGGGCAACAAAGACUGUGACAAAGAAACUGCAGGUGUUAGCUGGACCGUCAAACGUCUCGAUCUCAGGCCCUGACUUGAUGACCCCCCUGGCUAGCCACGGCUACACUUGUCAUUCCUACUGCCGGCCUUCAUGUGAAUACACCUGGCGGGUUGACGACGGCCUCUGGGUGGCCGGCCAGGGGAACGUCAUCGGCGUCAUUCCCCAGCACCUCGACACGGCUAAAACCCUCAUGUGCAGAGCCACCAACACGGUGUCCGGCCUCUUUGCGGCCAAGAUCCAAGACAUCGCCGUAUCAUCCGGUCCCUCGGAUGUUCAUAUCCAGGGCCCGAGCUCCAUGCAGCUCGCCGUCCGGACCAGAUUCGUCUGCCUGGCGGACUGCAUGCCAGCGUGCCGCUACAUCUGGACGCUCGGCGAUCACACGGUGAGAGGAAGCGCCAUUGAUGUCACGGUCGUUCAGCCACGGAAGACCGUUUACCUGAAAUGCGAGGCGCAGAACACAGUGACCAGGAAGUCCGACACGGUGUUGAAAACCGUUUUUCUCGGAGAUCACUCGGUGGCCACUCGUGCUGAGGAGAGGUCAGCUCUGCUCCUAUGCGGCCUCAUCGUCUCGGCUGGGAUUCUCAUUUGAUCCACACGAGGGAGACAUUUUAUAGGAUGUUAAGACUAUUUUUUUUAAAGGACUUUUAAAGCUUUCUACAACAAGUGCACUCAUAAAGUAAUUAUAAAUAGGCUUUCUACCAAGUCAUUAAGAUGUCGUAUGUGUAACACAUUGCAUUUAGUUAAAAUAGAAAAUUAAUUACAGCCUUUUUCAUUAAUUACUAGGCCAAUAGGAUGAUAUAAAUAGCCUGAUCAAAAUACUUAAAUUACUAAUGUUUCACUAUCUAUAUAUGUAUCAUGUUUUAAUAAAAACAAUAAUAUAGAGCUUGUCUAAAAAUAUAGAGGUGAUUAUAAAAUGAUAUACAAUUCUAUUUCAAACAUUAUGCAAUGAUGUUUUUAUUUUACCUAAGCUAAACUCGUGCUGAAAUAUAAUUUAUUUGUAUGUGAAUACGUUUUUUCCUCAUUAUUGCAGUCAUUGCUUGCUGCUCAUCAUGUUUCAAGUUAAAGCACUUAAUAACCAAUAAUAACCACAAACAAUACCUAACAAACAACACUUAAAACUCUUUGUUGAACACUUGUAUGAGCCUUGUGAUGAGUAUUGUUGAGGAACACACUUUCUUGGUGGGAUGCUAUAUAUGCUACAUAUAAAUUAUGUAUCCCCUCAGUUGCAGACAAUUUGGAUGAUUGUACUGUUUGAAUCAUUAAAUUGCAUUACGUGUAUGAUUCAAUACCUUUCAUGUGUUUGGAACAUCAUACUGGAACAUCAUCAUUUCAAUAAUAAAUAUAGAAAAUGAUUUGCAAAAAGUG